CACAUUUACAACCUGAGACUGAUGACAGUGAUGAUGAUGAUGAUGAUUGGACAGAGACCAGAGAACCUCAGUCAGGUUUAAACUCUCUUAGAAAUGAUGAAGACCCUGUGAGUGAUUUGGAAUAUAGUGCUGAUGAGAAACCAUUUAGCUGCUCUGAGUGUGGGAAAAAAUAUAGUCACAGUUCAACACUGAGGAUACACAUGAGAUCCCAUACAGGAGAAAGACCAUUUAGCUGCUCUGUGUGUGGGAAAAGAUUUUGUAAAAGUGGAGUUCUGAAGACACACAUGACAACUCACACAGGAGAAAAACCAAUAAGCUGCUCUGAGUGUGGGAAAAGAUUUUCUCAAAAAGGUCAUCUGAAGACACACAUGAGAACUCAUACAGGAGAAAAACCAUUUAGCUGCUCUGAGUGUGGGAAAAGAUUUCCUCGAAGUGGAGAUGUGAGGAGACACAUGAGAUUUCAUACAGGAGAAAGACCAUUUAGCUGCUCUGAAUGCGGGAAAAGAUUUUUUCACUCAGGUGCUCUAAAGGCACACAUAAGAACUCAUACAGGAGAAAGACCAUUUAGCUGCUCUGAGUGCGGGAAAAGAUUUUCUCAGUCAGGUGCUCUGAAGGCACACAUGAGAACUCAUACAGGAGAAAGACCAUUUAGUUGCUCUGAGUGUGGGAAAAGAUUUUCUCAUUCAGGUGAUGUGAAGUCACACAUGAGAACUCAUACAGGAGAAAAACCAUUCACCUGCUCUGAGUGUGGGAAAAGAUAUCCUCGCUCAAAUACUCUAAAGAGACACAUGAGAUCUCAUACAGGGGUUUGGAAAGAUAUUCCUGCGCAAGGAAGGAUUUAAUCAGGAUUUAUUCACUGUAAACUGGUAACAAACUUACGCCUCUCCAGUUCGUGUAUUUACAGUAUUUGCCAGUCGCUACUGGACGCUGUUAUCAACCCUCAGCUUUGGUUACACAGAGCAGGUUUGUUCAUUAAACAUUACAAGUUCAUUAUUAAUAAUAUAACUGCAGCUUUGUUCAAUAAAUAUUCAGUCUGUCGAUGUUUAAAAGCCACGUUAGCUUCUCUGGUGUCGUUAAUUAUUUCUAUUUCUGUCCAUCGUGUUCUUUUUCUUUAGAUAUGUCAUAGGACAAACGUGCUCUUUAACAAUUUAGUGGGAUUUCUUAACUCAUAAGGGACACAGGUAACGUGUUUACUUUCUGUAAAUAGAGCAGUAAAUCUGAUGUACAUAUAUGUAUUUUGUAUUUAUCUGUUUUAACAUCUUAAUUUGACACAAAAACGCAGUCAUAUCUGUAGCAUGUUCUACUGUUUCAUAAUACGUGUCUUAGGAUUGCGCUCACCAGCCACUUAAUUAGGCCAUUGCUUCACCAAAAGGCCGAUCACACGAAGCCCUGUUUAACAGCUCAUU